AUGCUUGGGAACUGGAGUACACAUCUCAAGGGAGCAUAUGACUUGCUGGAAGCCUGCGGUGGGAUAAAAGGUAUUCCACUUUCCUCCAGGCUCGAGACCCAGAUAGGCAUACUCACAUGGUGGGAUGCCAUAACCAGUCUUCUAUCCAGAGAAGACUGCGUGUUUCCUUACACAUACUUUGAAGCUGUGGAAGUCAACCAGCCGAAAAGAGAGUGGGAUUUCUUUGGAUUGUGUGGGUGUCCGACGAGCCUUGCGAAGAUUGUCAUGCGGGUGGCACGUGUUGGAGCUCAGAUGCGGAACGAGUCCUCGCCACCGUAUUCUGAACACGAUGAGGCAGCCAUCACGGACGUUGAGAAAUCUCUCCAGGAUUGGUUCCACACGCCAGCUGUUAGCGGUUCGUGGGACGAGGAGUGGGUGCACCGGGAUCUGGAUGCCAUGCAUUGUUCUGAAGCCUGGAGAAAUGGCAUUCUCCUUUACAUCUUCAGGGUGUUCCGGUGGAAGCCUGGUGAUAGCGUGCCUUUACAUGUCUUGUACCGUGCGAGGACCGUCGUGGACCAUGUGGUAUCCUGCCGAGACGGAGAUAUGAUAUCCAGGCAGGCUCUGCUGCCGCUCUUCCUUGCGGGUUGCGAGCUGCGGGAUGAAUCCACGAGGAAGAAGAUUGUGGGCCUUUGCAAUGAGUGGGACGAGAGGACUCGGUAUCAUAUGUUUCGUGCUACGGUACCCCUACUCGAGGAAGUUUGGGCUGCUCAGGCGGAGAGGGGGUUUGAAAAUGUGUGGUGGGGGGAGAUGGUUGAUAGACGGCACUUGUCUGAGGAUUACCCCAUCAAGAUGAGAUUCUGCUUUGGCUAG